GGGGAGACGGCGGGUCUUUAGCGCUCUGAUUGGACGUGGGGCCUGCUCGUCUGCGUGUUUUUCGGAGUCGGCGUCGGUUCCCGGGUUCAGAUUCCAUCCGCGGGCGGCGGGGCGUCCGCCGGCCGGUGCGCUGAGGUCGGUGCGCUGAAGCCACGACGCAGGCAGACAUGGCGGAGUUCUUCCAGAAACGGGGGAAGCGGCACGACGACGACAUGCUGGGCAGUGCUGUGAACUUCCUCCUGGCCAAUGCCCGCCUGGUGCUGGGUGUGGGCGGGGCUGCCGUGCUGGGUAUUGCCACCCUGGCUGUGAAGCGGCUCAUCGACAGGGCUGCCAGCUCGCAGGACGAGGAUGACGCCAAGGCAGACGCCACGAGCCUGGAGGACAGCUGGAAGGAACUGAGCCUGCUCAAGGCCCCGCCACGCCCACAGCCCCGGCCCUCACUUGCUGCCCCCAGCCAGCCUGUGCUGCUCCCAGUCCCCUCACUUUUUGCCCCAGAGGGGCCUGCAGGUGCUGACCCUCAGUCGUCUCCUCAGCUUGCCUCCCCAGGACUCUUGUGCCUGACAUUCCAGGAGAAGCUGUUGGCGUUCGAGCGAGACCACGUGAGCAUCCCAGUGUCCCACGUGGCUCUGGCCAAACAGUUGGCUGGCGACAUUGCCCUAGAGCUGCAGGCCUAUUUGCGGAGCAAGUUCUCAGAACUGCCCUUUGGGGUGCUUGUGCCCGGGGGGCCGCUUUAUGAUGGCUUGCAGGCAGGGGCUGCUGACGAUGUGCGUCUCCUGGUACCUCUGGUGCUGGAGCCGGGUCUGUGGAGCCUGGUACCUGGCAUGGACACUGUGGCCAGGGACCCUCGCUGCUGGGCUGUGCGUAGGACUCAGCUUGAAUUCUGUCCCCGCGGAAGCAGCCCCUGGGACCGCUUCCUGGUGGGUGGCUACCUCUCUUCCCGUGUCCUGCUGGAGCUGUUUCGCAAGGUACUGGCCGCCUCCAUCAACUGGCCAGUCAUUGGCAGCCUCCUCGGGUGCUUGAUCUGGCCCAGCGUGGCUUCCGAGGAGCUGCUGCUUGAGGUGCAGCAUGAGCGCCUGGAGCUCACUGUUGCUGUGCUCCUGGCCAUCACUGGCGCCAGCGCUGAAGACCGGCUCCUGGUGGCCUGGCCCCUGGAGGGGCCGGCUGGGAACCUCUGGCUGCAGGAUCUGUACCCGGCGGAGGCUGCCAGGCUGCGAGCUCUGGAUGGCUGUGAGGUUGGGACCCGCCGGCGGCUGCUGCUGCUACUGUGUCGUGUCUGCCGCGGCCAUCCGGCCCUGAGGCAGCUGAGCCGGGGCCACCUGACCCAGGUGGUUCUACGUCUGGGAGAGGAGGAGGUGGACUGGGCCGAGGAGGCCUUGGGGGAGCGCUUUCUGCAGGCUGUGGAGCUGCUCAUCGGCAGCCUGGAGCGGGCCAGCCUGCCCUGCCAUUUCAACCCUGGUGUGAAUCUCUUCGCCAGCCUGUGCCAGGAGGAGAUCGACAACCUUGGCUACGUGCUGUACCUCGGCCUCCAGGCCCCCGAGGGGCUGCUGUAGAUGGGGCAGGGCAGGCUGCGUGUGUUCUGAUGCUGGUGAGCUGCGCGCUUCUCCCAGGGAUCUGGAGAGCAUCCUUUCUCUUGCUUUCAGCCAGGAUAAAAAAGGGUGCGUUGGCUAAGGCCAGGGGAUUAGCAUGUGCAUAGGCAGCCAUCACUGGGACCCUCUGAGCUCAGAGCGCUUGGGCUGCACUGCCUCUCAGGCAGCCUGGAAUGCCAGCCACUCACACCCACUCCCUUAGUCCUCUGGGCCGACCCCAGGACCUUGGGCCUGGUCCAUCAUCACCAGCAGAGGAUCCCCUGACAGCAGAUGGCGCUGCUGUGCUAGCCAGGGGCUAAGGCCAGCUCUGUCAUUCUGUUGAGGGUGAGUUGGUGCUUUCCUUGGGUGCCAGCUCCCUGCAUCUCUAGGGUCUGGUGCAGGAUGGUAAAUGCCAGGUGUGUGUUCAUCCCCCAUGGGCCGGAGUCCCCUGGCACCCGUGGAAUGGAACGCAGCUCUUUGGCUGAUGUAGUUUCCUGAUGUCGUCUGUGGUCUAGUUUGCUUGUUGAACUCUCCUCCAGCCGGGAGUGGGGGCUCAGCCUGGGGUGCUGCCCACCUCACACCUAUGAAGGCCCUUUCCCCUCCAUCUGGCGAGUUUUCUCUUUGGCAGUUGGAGGGCCCUGCGAGAGCCCCUGCCCCACGGGGGAGCCAGCGCUCUGUGCUGCCUGCCUUGCCCAGAGCCAAGAGUGUCUCGCUAGCUGCUAUUGGGCCCAGCCAGAGAGCCGAGGCCGGGCCCUCCGGGGGAGGCCUGCGGUGCAGGUUGGCCUGGGCAGUGCCACAUGGUCAGCUCAGCUGACUCCUGCGUUCUCCCUGCAGCCUGGCGGAGGUCAGGGAUAGGAAAGGGAGGGCCUACCUCCCCUUCCCUGUGGUCCUCCUACCUUGGGUAUCCUUCUUGCUGAAGCCGAGCUAUGCCUCAAAGAAUGUAAACAAGAAUAAAAGAGAAAACAAGCCUU